AUGAUAAAUCUCAUGCUGCUGGGCAAUGUGCACGCGGAGAUAGUCCCCAUCCUUUAUGCUGCACAUUUAAUAGCCCUAACCAAAAAAGAUGGUGGCUUAUGUGUGACGACCGCAUAUUGUGAAGCAUUGGAGUAUCCAACACAAGAAAGACGGGUUGAAGGAUCACAAGGCGACCGUGAUGACAAACAGAAAAUUCAACCCAUAAUAAUAGUGCACGGCGGUGCUGGAGAUAUUGCUAACAGUAAAGUGCAAGGUAAACUGGACGGAGUAAAGCUUGCAGUAAUCGCAGGUCAAGAGGUCUUAAAUAGAGGCGGUAGUGCUCUUGAUGCAGUUGAGGCAGCAGUGGUGUCUAUGGAAAAAGACGACAAUUUUAACGCUGGAUAUGGAUCAGUUUUAAAUUUGCGCGGUGAAGUAGAAAUGGAAGCUAGCAUGAUGAGUGGGACAAAUCUUGAUGUUGGUGCUGUCACAUUAAUAAAAGACUUUCCACAUCCUAUUAGCAUUGCGCACAAAGUAUUGACGGAGUCUCCUCAUGCGUUCUUAGGUGGUGAGGGUGCCAAGUUAUUUGCUUUAGAAAAGGGCUUUACAACGGUGCCCCCGGAGUCGCUGAUUAGCGGAAAUGCCAGAGAAGCACUGAGAAAGUUCUUGGUGCAUGGAGAAUUGGGAAGAGCUGAGGAUGAAGGUGGAGUGGGCACAGUAGGAGCAGUUGCUAUAGAUGCACAAGGCAGCGUUGCUGUAGCCACAAGUACAGGUGGUAUAAAUGGUAAAGCAGUUGGUCGCAUUGGUGACACGCCACAGAUUGGUAGCGGAAGCUACGCAGACGAUAAAAUUGGAGGAGUUUCGAUUACAGGGCACGGCGAGUCAAUUCUCAAAUUCUGUUUGGCUCAUAGUAUUAUCAAGCUCAUGGAAGAUGGUGCAAAUGCAAAUACAGCAACAAUGAAUGCUGUCAAUGCAAUGACUGCACGUCUGAAUAAUACUGCUGGUGUAAUAACUCUUUCCAAUAAAGGAGAGGUUGGAAUUCAUUUUAGUUCAAAUAGAAUGUCAUGGGCUUAUGUAAAGGACAAUAAAAUAUUUUAUGGAAUUGAGCAUGGGCAGGUGCUCGAAGAACCAUAUAAGUAAGUGCUGUGACUAAAAACGACG